GUUCUUUGUUGUGAGAGUGUGAAGAGUUUUGGAGAGAAUGAAUCGUGGCCGUUCGAUGUCGUCGGCGGCGGCAGCCGCGGCUCGUUUAAACGGAGGCGCAUGUUGCGGCGGCGUGGGUAGGCUCCAUUCGGCGGGGGAUCGGAGUGACAAGCCGGAAAGGCUGUACCGGAGGUUGUCGGCUCUGGGAGGCAGCGGGAGGAGCGCGGCGGCGGCGUUGAAUGAUUACAUCAUGGAGGGCAGAACGGUCAAGAAAUAUGAGCUCGAUAGCUGCAUCAAGGAGCUCCGCCGGUACCGCCAGUACCAGAAUGCCCUCGAGUGUAGAUAAUGGAGUGGAUGGAGUUUAGGAAAAUUAACUAUGCUUUUCCUGACUAUGCUAUAAGAUUGGAUCUCACGGCGAAAGCCAAAGGGAUAGAGGCAGCUGAGAGUUACUUCAGCAACUUGCCGCCGGCUGCGAAGAACAAGUUCACUUAUGGUUCCCUUUUGAAUUGCUAUUGCAAGGAAGCGAUGGAGGAAAAGGCGCUGGCACAUUAUAAGAAGAUGGAUGAGUUGGACUAUGCUAACUCUACUCUGGUCUUCAACAAUCUCAUGUCUUUGUGCAUGAGAAAGAAGCAGCCGGAGAAAGUGGGGUCUUUGGUGGAGGAAAUGAAGCGGAGGGGGAUACGUUUGGAUACUUUUAGUUAUAAUAUCUGGAUGCAGAGCUGUGCGUCUUUGAAUGAUAUACAAGGGGCGGAAAGUGUGGUGGAAGAGAUGCAAAGCCAAGAUGAAGAUAAAUGUGAUUGGUCUACGUAUAGUAACUUGGCUUCUAUAUAUGUGAAAGCACAACAAUUUGAGAAGGCUGAUAUAGCUCUUAAAAUGUUAGAGAAAGUGAUGAUAAAUGGGAAGCAGCAGCGGCAGGCAUACCAUUUCUUGAUUUCCCUGUAUGCCAACAGUGGUAAUGUAGGUGAGGUUAAAAGAAUAUGGGAAUCACUCAAGUCAGCUUUUCCGGAUACCAACAAUAUAAGCUAUCUUCAUGUGCUUCAAGCUCUGCGCAUACUAAAAGAUGUUAAGGGUUUGAAAGAAUACUUUGAGGAGUGGCAGUCCAAUUGCUCCAGCUAUGAUAUGAGGUUGGCAAAUGUUGUUAUACAUACUUAUCUUAGUCAGAACAUGUAUGAAGAAGCGCUGCUGAUCUUUGAGGAGGCUAGUAAAAGGUCGAAAGGGCCUUUUUUCAAGGCUCGAGAAAUGUUCAUGGUUUACGUCUUGGAUUCCCACCAGGUUGAUUUGGCAAUUAGCUAUUUAGAACAGGCGAUUUUAGAAACCAAGGAUGAAGAAUGGCGUCCGUUGCCAGAAACAAUUACUGCAUUUUUGAAGUAUUUUGAAGAAACAAAAGACGUUGAUAGUUCCGAGAAUUUUUGUAAGAUUCUGAAGCGUCUAAAUUGUCUCAGUUCCAAUGAGUAUUGUUUGUUGCUGAAGGUUUAUGUAGCUGCUGGUAGUUUGCUUCCCGAGAUACGUCAGAGAUUGAAGGAAGACAACAUUCAAAUAAGCACUGAGCUUGAUGAAUUGGUGGAGAAGGUUUCCCCAAGUAGAUCAACAGCAUAUUAGUCCCCUAGUUUUGGCAUUUGCAUUUUAUCUUAUAGUAUCUGUAGUUUUUGAACUGAAGAUCAUUAUAGACUGGUUUUUGGUUUCCCGAAAGUAAAUUUCAAUCUGAUUUGAUAUGUGGCAUCAAGCAUCCAAUCGGAAUCAACUUCACAAAUGUCAUUGUAAUUUCAGGUAUUUGUUUUUUAAUUUUUGUU